AUGGUUAGUAGUCGUGCGGGUGGUAGUGGCGGGGGCGCUAGUGAUAGUGAUAGUGAGAAUGAAUUGGAUUCCGCUGUGGAAGGGGCGAUUGAUCGAUUGCUACGGCAGAGGCAGCAGGCGGCGGUACCUCGGCCGAUCCAUCGGCGACAUUAUGUACCCCGGGACUACAUUGCUGCACAUAUUCGGUUGUAUCAGGACUACUUCGCUCCGCAGCCGCGUUUUGGGGAUGCCUUAUUCCGGCGACGUUUUAGGAUGCAUCGUCCGCUGUUUAUGCAUAUCGUGGGUGCUUUAGAGCGAAGAUACGAGUAUUUCAGGAUCAGGGAGGAUGCGGCUGGCAAACCCGGGCACACGCCCUUACAGAAGUGCACUGCCGCAAUUAGGCAACUGGCGUACGGAGGCCCGGCCGACAUGUUCGACGAGUACCUCCACAUUGGCGAGUCGUCAGCCAUCGAGUGUCUGCAGAAUGUUUGCGCGGGCGUUAGAGCGAUAUUCGGGGAUCGCUAUCUUCGGAGUCCGAGCCCCGAAGACUGCCAGCAGCUGAUAAAUAUGCACGGGUCGGUGCACGGGUUCCCUGGGAUGUUGGGCAGCAUAGAUUAUUUAGUUCAAAUCGAAAAAUAUCAAACUAAUGUGCAGUCGAUGAUCCUAAUAAAUGGUAUCAGAACCCAUAAUAACUCUGAUUAG